CAGCUCGGCGGCCGGAGCCGCAGACCGUUAAAUCUCGCUCCUCUGUGGAGCAGGAGCCCGGCACUCGGGUCCCGGGCGAACAUGACGGGCCGUGGAGGGGGCGGGGUAUUCUCCGGAGCGUGGACCGACACCUCCUGCUGCUGCGAGGAGGAGAAGCCCAAAAAGAGAAGGAGAGCCCUGUGUCUGUCCAGGAGGAAGCCUCGCGGACAGCAGCCCCGCGAGGCUCCCGCUCACAACAGGAAGAACACGCCGCUCAGCACCAGCAUCCACUGUCAGCUCGGGAAAGAGAUCAAACACAUCUGCAGCAACUGUCGGAGAGCCGAGCAGCUGGACGGUGAGCGCACAGACGCAGCAGCUGAAGAGGUGGAGCGUUUGGCAGCGAUGCGCUCCGAUUCGCUGGUGCCGGGCACCCACACGCCUCCCAUCCGCCGGAGGAGCAAGUUCGCCAACUUGGGACGCCUGUUCAAACCCUGGAAGUGGAGGAAGAAGAAGAGCGAGAAGUUUAAGCAGACGUCUGCGGUUCUGGAGAGAAAGAUGUCCACCCGUCAGAGCCGAGAGGAGCUCAUCAAGAAAGGCCUCCUGAAGGAGGUUUUUGACAAAGACGGCGCUCCAUCAAGUUUGCAGGAGGAGAUGAAGAUGGAGAAAGGGCGCUCCCCGCCACUUGGCCCCGCCUCUUCAGAAUGUGAUGGUGGUGAGCAGAUGGAUGGAGCCACAGCAGCUGGAGGAUCUCCGGAUGUUCAGAUGCCGAGCGAUGCCACGUGUCAGCAGGACUUCUGCCAGGCCCCGCCCACAAAGACGUCAGCAGCGUGUCCGUCAGACAGCGCGGAGUCGCCGCUCUUCAGACCUCCAUCCGUUCACAAACAGCCCCCUGCUCUGCCACCCAAACCCUUCAACAGGCUUCCUAAUCACUUCACAGACGGCGCCCCCAUCAGGUUACCGUGCUUGUCCAUCAAGCUAUCUCCUCCUCAACCAUCGAAGAAGCUCCUGAUCUCUGUCCCUGUGGGGCCCAUGGAGCCGUCCCCGCUGGCCUUCCAGAAGUGCCCCGCCCCUUCCAGCCAUGCACCUGUGGGGGGGCCCUCGCUGCAGUACCGACAGCUGCCCCUCCACCCGCCCAGCCGGAUCAUAGAGGAACUCAACAAAACCCUGGCCCUCACCAUGCAGAGGUUUGAGAGCUCCAUGAUGCACGCGGGUCCCGCGGUGAUGAUCGAAUGUGAUGACGAUGACAAAGAAAACCGUCCCGACGAGGCCGACUAUGAAGACAUGCCUGGGAUGUACAACGAGGAGAGAGAGGAGGAGGAGGAGGAAGAAGAAGAAGAAGUGGAGGAGGAGGAGGAAGAAGAAGAAGAGGAUGACGACACGCUUUUUUCAAGCACGCUCGCCAUGAAGAUUUUACGGAGAGACUCUCUGGCCAUCAAGCUGAGCAACCGUCCCUCCAAGAGGGAGCUGGAGGAGAAGAACAUCCUGCCCGUGCAGUCGGACCAGGAGCGGCUGGAGUCGCGGCAGCAGACGGCCACCAAACUGACCAGGCGGCUGAGUCAGAGGCCGACAGCAGAGGAGCUGGAACAGAGGAACAUAUUAAAGCCUCGCAAUGAUCAGGAGGAGCAGGAGGAGAAGAGGGAGAUCAAAAGACAUUUAUCUAAGAAGCUCAGCCAGAGGCCCACAGUGGAGGAGCUGAGGGAGGCGAAGAUCCUCAUCCGCUUCAGCGACUACGUGGAGGUGGCCGAGGCCCAGGACUACGACAGGAGAGCGGACAAACCUUGGACACGGCUAACGGCCGCCGACAAGGCUGCCAUAAGGAAGGAGCUGAACGAGUUCAAAAGCACAGAGAUGGAGGUGCACGAGUCCAGCCGCCAUCUAACCAGGUUCCACCGGCCCUGACACCUUGCUGCCCGUUUUUUUUUGUUUUUUUUAACUGCUAACCAGCGCCACCUGCUGACUGAUAAGCUGACCUCAGGAGUUUGAGCCGUCACAGGAGCAAAAAGCCUGCAGACGGCUGAACUCUGGACUGCCAUCUCCCUGCAGGGAGAACUAAAGGACUUCUUGAUAUUCAAAAGCUAUGAACUGUUUGGUUUUUAUGUGCAUUGAGGAGGUGGAGAUGUUUUACCUCGCAGAUGAAGGUCAAACUGACUUCCUGUGCCAAUCUGUGGUCGCGAGUGCUCAGAGAUGAAGGUGCAUCUUUAUUUUUUUACCCAUUGGAUUCUGGCCGUUUUAUCCCACAGAAGCCCAACAUUGAAUUCCACAUCCGCUAGCCGAGCAAUAACUUUCAAUUCCGAUCUGGAGCAGCUCCUCAGAUCCCUGAUUUAAACCAAAGCGAGCUGGCCGCAUCCUGCAGAGUCCAGUCUUUGGAUUCGACAUUUUUGUUUACACCAAUUUCAAAUUUGCCAACUUCGUCAUUUUCCAAACUGGAGGCAACCUCAAAGUCCGGAUUGGGGGCGCCACGCCGCACCACCUUACCGUGUGUUGUUUACAGCUGAAGAUGCCGUCGUGUUGGAGGACGCUUCGGUCAAGACAAACAAAAAAAUCUAUGAGGAUGUACAGAAAGGGGAGCUUUUUGGGUGUUUUUGUAAACAAACUGCAUGUUGUAUUAAUUUAUUGUGAGUCUUUAAUGAUGUACACAAUUUCUUAAAGAAAAACCUAUAAAAAAAACAAUACGUUU